CACGACUCCAUCCCUGUGGCAGUUAGCCCGUCGUUAGGAUAGGGAUGUACAAUCCGCUACAUCCGCCUCCAGCUCCCCCCGCUUUCGGAGGAGGUACUGUCUUGCCUGAGGCACGGGCGUCUAUACUUUCUCGUCUGAUCUUUAGCUGGGUGAGCCCGCUCCUGAAAGUUGGCUUUUCUCGACCACUCGAGAAAGAAGAUCUCUGGCAGUUGCCAGAUUCUAGGUUAACCGCACACUUGUCUCACGAAGUCGAGCGCAAUUUUUAUGAGCGGUGCUCGCCAGAGAAGAGGCCACCUUCUCUGCGCGGCUCAUCUGUCAACGACGCACCCCCCUCGGAUGGGGUACAGACGCUGGAGUCAGAAAAACGUGACUCUAAAGCUACUGUGGACGCGGUAAAGGUCGAGGGUGGUAAUCAUGAAGCAAGCGACGACAAAAGCCCCCGGAAGGAGACGUACGACGAGAGCUUGCUCAAAGCACUCAACAACUCCUUCUUUUACAGGUGGUGGUCAGCGGGUAUCCUGAAGCUCUGUGCAGAGACCCUCAAUAUCACGACGCCCCUCGUAACGAAGCUCCUUCUUACCUACUUGACUAACUCCUACUAUGCCUUUCGCCUGACUCCCGAGGAGCGGGAGGCAGCAGGACUGGGCCAGGUUAGAGGUAUAGGAUACGGCAUUGGCUUAGCCUUCGCUAUAUUUGCCAUGCAAGAGGCUAGCAGUUUGAUGACUACACAUUACAUGUUGAGAGGUAUGACUACUGGGCAGAUGGUCCGAACAGCGGUCAUUGGGAUGUUAUUCCGCAAAUCUCUCCGGCUUUCUGGGCGAGGCAGAGCCGAGCAUAGUGUAGGACAGAUAACGACCAUGAUCAGUAGUGAUGCAGGGAGUUUGGAUAAUGUCGGCCUAUAUGCGCACGAGCUUUGGAUAGCGCCUAUCCAGAUUAUAGUAGGGCUUGCGCUCCUGAUAUACAAUCUUGGUUAUUCCGCGCUGGUCGGCCUAGGUGUAUUCAUCUUCGGUGCCCCAGUCCAGGGCAUUUUGGUUGCGAUCUUGAUGAUAGCUCGCAGGAAAGGGCUGGCGAUCACUGACCAACGGAUACGGUUGACGAGCGAGGUGCUGCAGGGCAUCCGACUCGUUAAGUUGUACGCGUGGGAGACGUUCUAUGGCCACAAAAUAGCCAAAUUGAGGGCGGGCGAGAUUAGCCGCCUUCGUAUGGGAGCAUGGGCGCUCUCCGUGAUGAUAGCACUGAGUAGCUUUGUCCCACUGCUGGCCGUGAUUCUGUCCUUUAUCACAUACGCUCUGACCAGUCAUAGUCUUAACGUCGCGAUCAUUUUCAGUUCCCUGCAAUGGUUCAACAUGAUCCGAGCGCCUCUGACCGUGUUGCCUAUAGUCGUUUCACAAGCCACACAAGCAAUAGUAGCCCUCGAACGCAUUUCAAAAUUUCUGCUCGCGGAGGAGUUGCAGGACCCGUACGAAGUCGACCUGGAUAGGAAGGAGGCUAUAAGCAUCGAGGGAGAUUUCACCUGGGAGCGCGCAGCCAAGUUAAACCCAGACAACGUCAAGGCUGACGCCACUAAGCAAGGCGGGAAGAAAAAGAACAAGAAACGAGAGGGCGCUGUGUUACCCACCUCAGCACCCGCGGCAUCCGAAGCAGAUGCUGAAGACACGGAGACUCCAUUUGAGCUCAAAGAUUUGAAGGUGAAGAUCCCUCGCGGCCAAUUCGUCGCUGUUGUAGGUCAGAUUGGAUCCGGAAAGACUUCCUUACUUCAAGCUAUGCUCGGCGAAAUGAGAAGGACUAAGGGAAACGUGAUUUUCGGAGGAUCCGUCGCAUAUGCUCCCCAAGCCCCUUGGAUCAUGAACGCGACGCUGAAGGAGAACAUAGUAUUUGGUCAACCUGAGGACGAUGUUUGGUUCCAAGAAGUUAUCCGCGCUUGCUGCCUGGAACCCGACCUGAAGCUGCUUCCCCACGGCCAGUACACUGAGAUUGGGGAGAAGGGUAUCAACUUGAGCGGCGGACAGAAGGCCCGUAUUUCGCUUGCUAGGGCAGCCUAUGCGCGUCCGGAUAUAGUUCUACUAGAUGACGUCCUCAGCGCGGUAGACGCGUGGGUAGGCAAGUCAAUUCUCGACAACUGCCUCAUCAAGGGUCCGCUCGCCAAUAGCACCCGUGUCCUCGUUACCCAUGCUUUGCAUGUGCUUGACAAGGCCGACUACAUAUACGUUCUGGAUCAUGGUGUUAUCCGUGAGCAAGGGAGGUUCGAGGACCUAUCGAGCAAUAGCGUGCUGUUCUCUCACAUUAUGGAAGAGUUUGGUAAUACCGACGAUCUUGGCAUUCAGACGACAGUGAAGAAGAAGCGUAUGGAGAAACCACAAGAAGGUGCCCUCCCGAAAGUAGACGAAGCGAGAGAUAUUCUUAUGCAGGAGGAAGAAAGAGUCACCGGUGCCGUGGGGUUGGAGACGUAUAAAAAGUAUUUCCAUUAUGUCGGAGGACUUCUGUGGGCCUUCGCAAUUGUCGUCCUUCUUGUGUUGGAACAAGGGGCCACUGUAUCGAAUAACCUAUUUCUGGGUUUCUGGACCGCCGGGAGUAUAAAGGGCUUCCACCAGGGCCAAUACAUUGGCGUCUAUGCUGGGCUUGGAGUCGCACAAGCCGUCUUUGCGCUCGUGAGCAACUUGACGUUCACUUUGGCAGGAUUGUCCGCUAGUUUGGCGAUGUUUCAGGCAGCUUUGAUGCAUGUCUUGCGGUCGCCUGUCUCCUUUUUCGACACCACCCCAAUGGGGCGGAUCAUAUCCAGGCUCGCAAAAGAUCAAGACACCGUUGACUUCGAAGUAUCCAUGGUAUCCUACUCGUUCCUGACGAGCGCUAUGAAUGUGCUUGGCACGGUGGGCCUGGUGUUCUAUACUUUCCCGUAUCUAGGGAUUAUAUUCGUACCGUUGGGAUUUCUUUACUACGUGGUAUCGAUAUAUUACCGCAGGUCGUCCGUGGAGACGAAGCGGCUAGACUCCCUGAUGCGCUCCCAGUUGUAUGCCUCAUACACAGAAUGCCUCACGGGCCUGUCAAGUCUCAGGGCCUACCGACGACAGGAGCACUUCGUUGUGAAGGCUUAUGAAGGCCUUGAUUUGGAGAAUCGUGCCCUAUAUAUGACUAUCGUAAUCCAACUUUGGCUUGCGACUCGUCUAGACUUUUUCGGAAAUCUCUUGAUCCUGGGCAUAGGCCUAUUCGCUGCAGGCUUCCGACACAGCGUCAAUCCCUCUAGAGUCGGAGUUGUGCUCUCAUAUUCUCUGACAACCACCAUUGUCUCUUCUUACGCUCAAAUGGAGCAGGCUAUGAAUGCGGUGGAGCGCCUUUUGUUUUAUACAGAGUUGCCCUUGGAAGGAUAUGCCACGACGUCAAGCGAUCCACCUCCCGCAUGGCCAGAGGCCGGCCGCGUAAAGUUCUCGCAGGUUGCCCUUGCCUAUCGCCCAGGGUUGCCUGUCAUUCUGCAUGAUGUUAGCUUUGAAGUGCAGCCCGGUGAAAAGAUUGGCAUAGUUGGACGAACUGGCGCCGGAAAGAGUUCUCUACUGCAGGCCCUUUUCCGUACUGUGGAACUUCAGAAAGGCAGCAUAGAGAUUGACGGAUACGAUAUUCGCAAUAUUGGCUUGGGUACUCUUCGGUCUCGACUUGCGCUUGUACCGCAAGCUAAUACCCUGUUCCUGGGAACUUUACGAGAGAAUCUUGAUCCAGAAAACACCCGUACCGAUGCGGAAAUUAUAUCCGCCCUUCGUCGAGCUUGGCUGCUUCCACAAGAGGGACCGGCUGAUCCCGCUACGGAGGCAAAAUUCAGCCUGGAUGCUCGUGUGAGCGAUGAAGGGGGUAAUUUCAGUGCUGGCGAGAAACAGCUCCUGGCACUUUGUCGAGCCCUCGUCAAAAACAGUCGUAUAAUAGUAUUGGACGAAGCGACCAGUAGCGUGGACGUGGAGACAGACGCGAAGGUCCAGAAGACGAUUCAGACUCAGUUCUCCAACUCGACCUUACUUUGCAUAGCGCAUCGCUUGAACACGAUCGCGUACUACGACCGCAUACUUGUCAUGGACUCGGGACGGGUGGCCGAAUACGAUACUCCUCUAAACCUCUACGAUAAGUCCGACUCGAUUUUCCGGUCUUUAUGUGACGAAGCACAUCUGUCCAGGAAGGAUAUCGAACGGAUCAGGGCUAGUGCUCUGCUACCAAGUGAGACCCAGGUCGCCACAGAGGACUGACGCACCCAUACGCCCUUGUACUCAUCUUCCUAGACUACAUUAUUAGCUACCCUACUCCUCCCCGCUCACACCCCGCAUCUUACAUUCAGGAGCUCUUAUUUUAUUACUGGAAUACACCCAUGCCUCUACUCAUG